AACUCGGGGUUUUAUAAACCCAGAGAUUCGCCUGCCCCAGCCCCAGAGACUGCAGAGCUCCCCUCCUCACACACUCUCCUCCUCCAGGGGCUGCCAGGGUGAGGAGCCGGGAUGAAGGUCAUAUGCUUGGACGCAGACCCCUCUGAAGUUUACCGGCCGGAGGCAGGGGCUGAGCAUGGCAAGCUGAAAACAGACUACAGGAAUUACACGGCUGGGCCGCUGCUAGAUCGCGUGUACAACACCUACCUGCUGAUGCACACGCACCAGACCGUGGACUUUGUCCGGAAGAAGGGUGCCGAGUACGGGGCUUGCGCCCAGCGCCGAAUGAGCAUCAUGGAGGCCUUGGAUUUACUGGAUAACGUGGUGGACGAAUCAGACCCUGACGUGGACUUUCCCAACUCCUACCACGCGUACCAGACCGCCGAGGGCAUCCGCCAGGCCCACCCGGACAAAGACUGGUUCCAGCUGGUCGGACUGUUGCAUGACAUGGGCAAAAUCCUGGCCCUGGCUGGGGAGCCUCAGGUGAGCAGCCGUGGAGGCAGCGUGUGCUCCAGUCGAAUGCACUCAUGGGCCGUGGUGGGUGACACGUUCCCCGUGGGCUGCAGGGUCCAGGAGUCCGUCGUCUUCAGCGACUCCACCUUCCACGACAACCCCGACACAAAAAACCCCCUGUACAACUCGCAGUACGGGAUCUACCAGCCUCGCAGCGGCCUGGCCAACGUGCUUAUGUCCUGGGGCCACGACGAGUACAUGUACAAAGUCAUGAAAUUCAACAACUUUGCUCUCCCCCAGGAGGCUUUCUACAUGAUCCGCUUCCACUCCUUCUACCCCUGGCACACGGGCGGGGAUUACAUGCACCUGUGCAGCAACGAGGACCUGCGCAUGCUGUCCUGGGUCAAGGAGUUCAACAAGUUUGAUCUCUACACCAAGUGCAAGGAUUUGCCUGACGUGACGCAGCUGAAGCCAUAUUACCAGUCCCUAAUUGACAAGUACUGCCCCGGCCAGCUGUACUGGUGACUCGCUGAGCAAGCACCCGCCUGGCCCCGAGACAGCAUCCCCACCCAGUCCCCUACCUCACCCAGCUGAAUGAGCUCAACCCCUGAGCACAACAGGAGCCCGCCUUUAGGCAACAGCCGCCUUCAGGGCCUGGCCCUGCAUUCCCCCACCUAUCAGCCUGCAAGGAGGUCCCCUAGAGCUGCUGGGCUGGGCUGGGUUGCUGGGGGAGCAGAAGCCCUGGGCCUGGGAAGGCACAUGCGGGUGGAAGCGGCGAGAGGAGAUGGCUCCGCUCGUUGCCACAUUUCUCAUUCUGUUCCCCACUCCAGCUCGCGGGAGGCCUGGGUACUUUACAGAAUGCACAUGGG